AUGUUUGAAGCUGCUGCAGAGAGACAAAUGACGGUAUCCGACGACGACGAGGCCGGAAGCGUCGAGGAAGUAGACGAGGUAGAGCCCCGCUCGCGAUUCAACGCCACUGCUGACAAAGCUCUGUUGGUCGAGGUGCUAUCGAUCCCUCCGUUUACAGUUGAGCGUAAGAUGGUGACAGCCAUGUGGAAAGGGGUUUCAAAGCGGCUUAACCAGAGUUUGUCAACCAAUUUCAGCUUUCGAUCUUGA